GUACAAGUCAAAUCAUCCAGUUCACUAGUCGCUUCAUCGUCCUCGUUGAGCGAGGGAGAAGGAGAGAGGACGGUGGUGAUACAGAUUUUCUUUAGGGUUUCGAAAUCCAGUUGGGAAGAAAACUUUUAGGGUUUAGUCUUCUUCCGGAAGAUAGGGAACGGAGAGAGAUGAGGCCCAACUGUUUUCUGAGUUGCCUUGCCGUCCUUCUCAAGUUUCUCAAUUUCCUCCAGGCCUUCGUUGGCGUUUCGAUCGUUAUUUAUUCGGUUUGGGUUCUAAAUCAGACACUCAAACAUGGCCUUUCCUUCAGCCUGGAUCUCGACAAGCUUCCGGCUCCCUGGUUUGUCUGCGCGUUGAUGGGAGUUGGGAUCCUGCUCUGUUUCGUGUCUUUUACUGGAAAUAUUGCCGCAGAAGCCAUCAGCAGUUGUUGUCUCUGCUUUUAUGCAGUACUGAUCACAAUAAUGAUUUUAUUAGAGGUAGCUUUGGCUGGUGAUCUCUUUUUCAACAAAGAGUGGAAGAAGGAUCUUCCAAAUGACUCUACCGGAGAACUAAAAAAUCUCAUAGCCUUUAUUGAAGAUAAUAUUGAUAUAUUCAAGUGGGCUGGAGUUUCCUUUAUUGUUAUUCAGGCAUUUUCCCUAAUGCUUUCUGUGCUAAUCCGGGCCAUGAUAUCCAGCCGUUGGUUGGACUAUGACAGUGAUGAGGAAUAUUUUGUUAUCAGGAGACCCCUUAUAAACCAACAGGGUGGCCAAACAGUUGGUUCAGCCUCUGGAUUUCACUCGGAUAUUUGGAGUUCACGAAUGAGACAAAAGUAUGGGCUGAACCCAAACCAAUUAACGUACAAUGUGGACCCAAAGACUGCACCGCACCAACAGCAGCAGAGUUGAUGGAAUGCCAUUCUCUAUUUAGCAGGUUUAACUAUUGAUUCGCUUGUAAUAUAUGCCUUUGUAAUAUAUUAUAUAUAUGUUCGUUGGAAUGACAUUAUUGUGGCUUCUUGUAAAUACUGCACUCUUUGUACGCAUUUAUUUUAUUUCUGCA